UGUGUUUGCACCUUAUCCACUCUUGUCUCUCCUACUCUUCGGACAAUUUCAGCAUUCCACACGCAGCAUUCUUCGGGUAGCGUUCUUCACUCCGCUUUGACUGCUCCCUCGUUGGCUGAUCAUGUGACAUCGCUCCACACUUAGUCCAAUUCUCAAUCAACCAUUUUAAGUUCCCCUGAAACUGCGUAGCCCGUCCUAGCAUACCGUACCGCGCGGCAUGAUGCUACAUGCUUCCAGCAAUCCACGACAUCUUGAUCAUAGAAGCAAUCUUACAAAUUCCUGGAUCGCACACAGCAUAGACGCCGCAGAAAACCCGCCGAAGCUUGUCUCCUCGUCUCCAGCAAUGGCCUUCGCUGGUGUCGUGUCUUGCGCUGCGAUCGGCGACAAGUCCUCGUCGUCGCCAGGCGACGGUUAUGAUCAGGCGAUCAUGGGCGAUCACUGUGCGACAUUCGCAUCGGGGACUUCGCUAUCCGCCAAGCGGCAGCCGAUCAUCGAUAUCAACCACCCUCCCGUGUCGCCUGCACAUGAGCCAUUCCAAGCACCCGCAAGCUCCUAUUUCCACGCUGAUGAGCUCGCAGUUAAGGCUCUGCGCUCCCCGGCCCUGCAGGGUCCGUGCUCCCCCGCGCCGCAAGCCGUUCUCCCGCACUCGCUCCGGCACAAGCCCGUCGGGUGGAUGUCGAAACUUGGAUUCAUCGUUCCUGCUGGAGCGAGCUUCCACGGGCCGUACAUUCACGAGCAGGACCAGAGCCAUCAUGAUCAUCGUGAUCAUCAGCCGUUGAAACAUAAGAAGCAUCCUGAUCAGCAGCAUCAUCAGCGUCAGCACCAGCAGCAGCUGCACGGGGAGCGGCAGGCGUAUCACCAAGCUCACCGCGCGAAUCACGAGCAGGAGUCGCAGCACGUGCACGAAUCUGAGGACGGCAAGGAUGCGGAUGAGGACGGAUCGGACGGCUACGAUUCGAUGGAGCCCGAAUCGAACGAGCGGGACGACGCGGUGUGCUCUGGCGGGAGGGUGAAGACCUGCGCGCAUUGCGGCACGUCCAAAACUCCCCUCUGGCGCAACGGCCCCCCCGGACCCAAGUCGCUGUGCAAUGCGUGCGGCAUUCGCUUCAACAAGAUCCGCAGCGGCAAGCGCAAGGCGUCCCCGAAAGAGGCAGCCAUGAUGCGCGAAUACGAAACCGUCAACCCGUCCUACUCCUCCAAGGCCGCGCUUGCCUUCUCCCCUUCCGCCGCCAAGCCUCUCCCCUUCUCGCCGGUACAUAAGGCGCGCUCGAAACUGCCACGUGUCCACAUGAGCGCGUUUCACGCUGCUUCAGGCAGUGCGGCCGACACCAGCAGCGACAGCGGCUCUCAGGAGAGCGAGUGCGGGAGCCCGAAAUCGAGGUCUUGCGCGUCGCCUACUCCUUCCACUCCGACGCCCUCUUCGUGCUUAGCUAAGCAUCAUGCGCACUUAGCCAAGAAGCAGCGCAAAACGUCUCCUCUUGGGGAAGCUUCUGACGCAGAUGUAGAUAGUACGGGCGGAAGCUGCCUAAGCCUUCAAGGGGGAGCGAUACGAUUCGAUGCCGUGCACAUGUCUGCUGGUACUGUGCCCAAUACCGAGCCUGCUUAUAACGAAGCAUCUCCUGGCAACCGAAGCUGCUUUCUACCUGCUAUUGCGAACCUGAACGGAGCGAGCCCGGCAUUCGCUAACGGCCGAGAGGAAGGACGAGGGCAGGAAGCGUCGAGUGCGGACGCAAGUCUCCGCAUCCUGGGGAAAAGGCUGCGGAAGGAGGGGAAGGAGCGGAAGGCGGACGAGGAUGACGUCAUGCUUGGUGCGCGGCUGCUAUUCUCGCUCUUCGCGGGAGCCGGCGUAUGACGAGUGAACGUCGGAGACGUCGUCGUCACGUCACCCUGGUUCCAUUACCUGUCGCGGGUUGCGCGGUUCUUGCUAUUACGACGGAAAAAAAAAAAAGGAGCGCAACUCAGAGCGUGCGUGGAAGAGUUGCGUGCGGGAGAAGGAACCGCAUGGCGUGGGAAGUGUGGAGGCGGACGAAGAACCCCUUCCGCGCCCGAUGUGUCGAACAGGAGGGCACCACCAACAGUCUGAGGCGCAAACAAAAUCGCGAGGCGGAGGAGCCUGGCGGUACCGCUGCGCAACUGGAGAGCGACCCGCGGAAAAAUGUGGGGGAGUUUGCACAUUGGGGGAAACUAGUGGUUCUCCAGCGCUGCACAGCUGGAAGGGAUCUGAAAUUUCUGUUUGAGAAUCUCUGUCUGGGACAAACAGGAAAUUUCUCUCCCCCGAGGCCCGAAGACUUUCCCCCUCCGUGCUGAAACUGCGGAAGGGAGGGGCAGUGGUUGGGGCGUGGUGCGGAUUGGUGAAAAAUUAGGCGAAUAAAAUAAAUUAGGGGUUCUGAUUUGUGUAUAUAUUCUGUACAGUGAUAUACUUCAU